UAUGUUAUUUGAUGGUAAUGUUGGCAACAUUGCUGUUUGACAUUUUUUACAAUAAUAAAAUCUUGCAAAAACAUUUUUUUUAAUAAGAAAAUGCCAAUAUACGAAACUUUGAGUGAUAAAUUAACUGUAGUGCUAGAUAUAGGGGCUGCAUACACCAAAUUUGGCUUCAGUGGGGAAUACGCCCCACGAUGCAUAAUUCGUUCUGAGGUCCGGUGUAAAAGAACGAAUCAAAUACGGCGAAUUAUUGAUUAUAAAGAUGAAAAAGAUUUGUAUGAUUUACUUGUGGAUUUCAUCCACAUUUUGUAUUUCAAAUAUGCAUUAUUUAGUCCCAAAGACAAGCCAAUUGUCGUUGUUGAAUCUCUUUUAUCGCCAACAUUAUUUAGAGAAACUUUAGCUAAAGUUUUGUUCGUACAUUAUGAAAUUUCAAUGAUGUUGAUUUUGCCUUCACAUUUAGUAAGUUUAUCUACUUUGGCUGCUGAAACAGCUUUAGUACUUGACGUUGGUUACACUGAAGCUGUUGCUAUUCCUGUUUGUUUUGGUCUGCCUGUAAUUCACGCUUGGCAGGCCUUACCUUUAGGAUCACAAGCAAUUCAUAAGAACUUGCAAGCAUUAUUAAGUUCUGAAAAUACAGGAAUCAACAAUUUGCCUGAGACGGUUAUGGAAGAUAUUAAAGUGCGCUGUUGUUUUGUAACCAAACAAAAACGAGCAGAGCAGUUCAGUUUGGCAAAACCUGAAAUUACUUUUGCUCCGGAAGUUAAAUAUCCCAUUGGAGGCUCAGAUAUGAUAACAAUUUCAGGAAAAGUGCGUGAAAAGGUUUAUGAAAUUUUAUAUGAGGAAGAUAACGACCAUUUGUGUCUUUCAACAAUGAUUCUGGAUGCUAUAUUAAAAGUUGAUGUGCAUUUAAGAAACAAACUUGCAGAGAAUAUUCUUUUAAUUGGGGGUACUGUAAUGGCUCCUGGAUUUAAGGCAAGAUUGAAAGAAGAGUUACAUAAACAGUUGAAAUACGACAGAUAUAAUAAAUUGAGAAUUACAACGGUUAAGUUUCAUAAUCCACCUUGUAAGGAAAACUACACUGCGUGGUUGGGAGGAGGUAUUUAUGGUGCAACUGAAAUCUUGGGCAUGAAGUCUCUUACUCGGGAAAAAUAUUUCAAGGAAAAUCGCUUAUCUGAUUGGCCGAAUAUGAGGGAUAACAAUAGGAAUCUUUGAAUUCUCCGAAUUUAAUAAAAAUGUUUUUGUUUGUA